ACACUUCUGUCCGACACUCACCACAACAGCACUAACCGCUUCUUCCCUCUCUUCCCUCUCAUUCACACAUCAGAGAUUCAAUCAUGGAUCCCGUGAACGUUUGGGGUAACACGCCCUUGGCCACCGUCGACCCUGAGAUCUACGACCUCAUUGAGAAGGAGAAGCGCCGCCAGAGCCACGGCAUCGAGCUCAUCGCCUCCGAGAAUUUCACCUCCUUCGCCGUCAUCGAGGCCCUUGGCAGCGCCCUCACCAACAAAUACUCCGAGGGCCUCCCCGGCAACCGUUACUACGGCGGCAAUGAGUACAUCGACGAGAUCGAGAAUCUCUGCCGCUCACGCGCCCUCCAGGCCUUCCACCUCGACCCUCAGUCUUGGGGCGUUAACGUCCAGCCUUACUCCGGGUCCCCCGCCAAUUUCGCCGCCUACACUGCCGUCCUCCAGCCACAUGACCGCAUCAUGGGGCUUGACCUCCCUUCCGGCGGUCACCUUACCCACGGUUACUACACCUCCGGUGGGAAGAAGAUCUCUGCGACUUCCAUUUACUUUGAGAGUUUGCCUUACAAGGUGAACAACACCACUGGAUACAUUGAUUACGAUAGGCUGGAGGAGAAGGCCUUGGAUUUCAGGCCUAAGUUGAUUAUCUGCGGUGGUAGUGCGUAUCCUAGGGAUUGGGAUUACAAGAGGUUCAGAGAGGUUGCUGAUAAGGUCGGUUCGCUUUUGCUCUGUGACAUGGCUCACUUCAGUGGCCUUGUUGCUGCUCAGGAAGUUAAUAACCCAUUCGAGUACUGUGAUAUUGUGACAACAACCACCCACAAGAGCUUGAGGGGGCCUCGGGCGGGUAUGAUCUUCUUCAGGAAGGGACCUAAGCCACCCAAGAAGGGGCAGCCUGAGAAUGCGGUUUAUGAUUUCGAGGACAAGAUCAACUUCUCUGUCUUCCCUUCCCUUCAGGGUGGUCCUCACAACCACCAGAUCGGUGCCCUUGCUGUUGCAUUGAAACAGGCCAUGUCACCUGGGUUCAAGGCCUAUGCUAAGCAAGUUAAGGCCAAUGCGGCCGCCCUUGGGAAGUUCUUGAUGGGCAAGGGAUACAGUCUUGUCACCAGCGGAACUGAGAACCAUCUUGUCUUGUGGGAUCUCCGCCCUCUUGGAUUGACUGGCAACAAGGUGGAGAAACUAUGUGAUCUCUGCAACAUAACUGUGAACAAGAAUGCCGUUUUUGGUGAUAGCAGUGCCUUGGCUCCUGGAGGAGUGCGUAUUGGUGCCCCUGCCAUGACUUCUAGAGGUUUGGUUGAGAAGGACUUUGAGCAGAUUGGAGAGUUCCUUCACCGGGCUGUGACGAUCACUUUGGAGGUUCAGAAGGAGUAUGGCAAACUCUUGAAAGAUUUCAACAAGGGUUUGGAGAACAACAAGGCUAUUGAACAGCUCAAAGCAGAUGUUGAGAAGUUCGCUGCCUCAUUUGACAUGCCUGGCUUCCUUAUGUCCGAGAUGAAAUAUAAGGAUUAGGUUGAGUCACCACUCUCUACACGCCAAUGUCUCACUAAAAUGUUCGGGGGAUGACGGUGAAAUGGAUAAAAAAGAAAACAAGUUUCUUCGUUUGGAGGGGGGUUUUCACGUAGAUUGUUUAUCGAGAUGGUAUUUCAAUUCAAAAGUUCUGUUUUGUCAUCUUUUUUGUGUGUGUUAUAGCCAGGUAUCAUAUUUUUCUUAAUAACAAUCGAGAUGUAAUACAUGUAAUAUUUUCUUUUCCCUGAGAAGCUAGUAGUAUGUUCCAUGAUUUCGUUCA